AUGGUUCAAAUCAAAGGAGGAGUCAUAUUCGCCGGCAUCCAAAUAUCACACCUUCUUGUUCCCUUGCUAUUGAUAUUCCUCAGUAUGUCUGCAGUUCUGGGUGAAGACAAUAUUCUGGCACAAGAUCAAAGAGUGAUUAAAAAGCAGAUCCCAGAAGGUUCAACCAAAUCGUUGAAUACUGGAACAGUGUCAGUGUCACUCAAGCGGAGAGAUGCAGACUGUCCAGAUAAGUAUGUGCUCCAAAAUGAUAGAUGUGUCAAGCUAAGACCACGCCGAAACCGUCCAGGACGUGGAGGGAGAUAA